GAUCCGGCUCCGCCGAUGACUCCCGGCUGCCGAGGAGCCUGCGGCGGCUGCCUGCUGCGCCUUUCCCUCUGGGUCCUCAUGGAACAGUUCGGUCCCCGCUGUGCUCCGGGCGGAAUUUAUGUCACCUGUAGACAGAAAUAAGGAAAGUGGAUUGAAAAUGCCAAACCUAUGCAAAUUUUGUGACAUUAAAGUAACAACCUGCUCAAAUCAACAUCAGUGCAAGAGCAACUGCAACAUCACUUCUAUCUGUGAGAAAACUAGUGAAGUCUGUGUUGCUAUAUGGAGACAGAAUGAUGAAAAUGUGACCUUAGAAACAAUUUGCCAUGAUCCCCAAAAAACACUUUAUGGUCACGUUUUGGAUGACUACAACUCAAAGAAGUGUUUGAUGAGGGAAAAGAAGGAAGAUGGGGGAUUGAUGUUCAUGUGUUCCUGUACAAGUGAAGAAUGCAAUGAUAUGCUCAUUUUUACAUCAGACGACCCUCAGAAGCCACAGGAGAAAGACGAAAUUUCCAAAGUCACAAUCAUAAGUCUUGUCCCAUUACUGGUGAUUUCUGUUGCUGUCAUUGUUAUCUUUUAUGCCUACCGCACUCAUAAGAAGAGGAAACUCAACAAGGCAUGGGAAAAAAAUGUUAAGCCCAGGAAACAUAAGGACUGCAGUGAUGUUUGUGCCAUUAUGUUAGAUGAUGACCGCUCAGACAUCAGCUCUACCUGUGCCAACAACAUCAACCACAACACAGAGUUGCUGCCCAUUGAGUUGGACAUUGUUGUUGGCAAAGGAAGGUUUGCUGAAGUGUAUAAAGCCAAAUUGAAGCAAAACACAUCAGAACAGUAUGAAACCGUGGCAGUCAAGAUUUUCCCCUAUGAAGAAUAUGCCUCCUGGAAAACUGAGAAAGACAUUUUUUCAGAUGUAAACCUCAAGCAUGAGAACAUCCUCCAGUUCUUGACAGCAGAGGAGCGUAAGACAGAUCUUGGUAAACAGUAUUGGUUGAUCACUGCCUUCCAUGCUAAAGGAAACUUGCAGGAAUAUCUCACACGGCACAUUAUCAGCUGGGAGGACCUCUGGAAACUGGGUGGGUCCUUGGCCCGAGGGAUUGCCCAUCUGCAUAGUGAUCACACACCCUGUGGUCGUCCCAAAACCCCUAUUGUACACAGAGACCUAAAAAGUUCUAACAUCCUGGUGAAAAAUGAUUUAACCUGCUGUCUCUGUGACUUUGGGUUAUCCCUGAGGCUGGACCCUUCUCUCUCUGUGGAUGACCUGGCUAACAGCGGGCAGGUUGGCACAGCAAGGUAUAUGGCCCCUGAGGUUUUGGAGUCCAGGAUGAACCUGGAGAACAUGGAGUCCUUCAAACAAACAGAUGUGUACUCCAUGGCUUUGGUCCUCUGGGAAAUGACAUCUCGCUGUAAUGCUGUCGGAGAAGUGAAAGAAUACGAGCCCCCAUUCGGCUCCAAAGUGCGAGAACACCCUUGUGUAGAAAGCAUGAAGGACAACGUCCUAAGAGACAGAGGGCGACCUGAGAUCCCCAGCUCCUGGCUGAACCAUCAGGGCAUCCAGAUGGUGUGUGAAACUCUUAUUGAGUGCUGGGACCACGACCCCGAGGCCCGGCUGACAGCACAGUGCGUUGCAGAGCGCUUCAGCGAGCUCAAGCACCACGACAGGCUCUCGGGAAGGAGCUGUUCGGAGGAGAAGAUCCCUGAAGAUGGCUCUGUGACCACUGCAAAGUAGUAUGUACCUGAGAGCUCAAAAAUGGAGGGAAGUCACUCCUAGACGUGUUCGCCUUGGCAAAGGAAGAAGUCUUGAUCAGUGCCUUGACUUGCUUCCUGGAGGACUGAGGCUGUCACUACUCCCUUUAGGCUGCAACUCUGGACGGGGAGAUGUAUUCUGUGAAUUAAAAGCUGGGGAGUAGCUGUCCUACCCUAGCAUUGGCAGCCCGCAUCAUGUCAUAGGAGGAGCUAUGUAUAUUAGCACUUCCUCAGGAAAUGAGAUUUGAAAAUAGCCAAUAACAUUAUGCACUUUAUUAAUGCCUGUAUAUAACUACAAAAUUGCUAUUUUUAUAUAUAUAUAUACAUAUAUAUAAAAAAUGUGUGUGUAUGUAUAUAUAUAUAUAUCUAUCUAUAUAUCUAUAAACAUUCAUGCUCUGAAAGAAAAAAGUGCUUCCAGGAAAGGACCAGUGCAUUAGAAAUCCCUCCCCUUAGGGAAGGAGCCUGGGGGGACUGGUAUAGCACCACACCAGCAAUUGUGCACUAAGUGCUCUGCCAAAAAGAUAGGAAUAACAUGCAAUAAAAAGAUGACUUUCAAAGCAUGUGCUGUGAUCACCUGGCUGGGGCCCUGCAGUUCACAGUUGCAGGAGCAGUCUCGCAGCAGACAGUCCAGUUUGACUUUGCAAUUGUACCUACAUGGUCCUGUCUGCAGCACAUUGUGGAAAGUUCUGGGAUGCCUUUUUCCUCUCACCUUAACCUCAGCGUCCUCAUAGUGUCCCAGAACAGGAGUGUGAGGAGGUUUGGCCCUUCCCACAUGUGUGUUUUGAUACAAAGGUCGUUACUGUUGUAUUUUUUUUUGUUUUGCUUUGAAUUCAUGCUGUUUGCAAGCAGGUUGCAAAAUAUGAGCAGGAUGAGCUUUCCCCUCCUCCCAUCCCCAUGCCCAAACCAUACAGAACACAAGAGCCAGCAACAAUCCAAGCAGAUGUUUUAUAUUUGCUGUGCAUUCUGAGUGUGGGCAGUACUAUUUUUUUUCCCUUCCUUUUACCUUGAUUGUGUUGCUGUAAGAUCAAACUUCUUUUUUCCCUGUACACCAUGUCUAAUUGCUUGAUACACCACAGUCUGACUGCGUUCCAUACUUUCGAAAGUAAGAGACAACAGCUGGUGCCUUUACUUUUGCAAAAAGACCUUGGAGGUGAGGGAAAGCUCUGUAGCAAUAGGUUAAUGGCAUAUCCUGCCCACAGCAUUUAGGGCUGUCUCAGCAAGUCAGCAAUUCACAGAAGAAGAAAAAAAAAAAAGCAAACCACAACCAAAAACCAAGAAAGACUUUUUUCAACAGGAUCCCUUGGACAUUGCUUACAUUCUUUCAGUUCCCCAAAAUGUUUAAGACAGUUGACAUCACACUGGGCCUAUAUAAAUGACAGCAAUGUUUUUAAUAAGCGCUAAAAAUUUUGUCUUUAGGUGUUUUGCAGUGAUUUAUCCACUUUUCCCCAUGGGAUGUCAGCAGGCCUUGGAAGUUAGAAAUUCAGCCAGCACAAACCAGUCCUGAACAGAUGUAUCUGGUGUGAUUUUUUUAAAUACAUUUGACACAUAAACAUCAAUAUGUCACUAGAAGAUGUUGCCAUGCAACUCAAUAGGAAUCAUGUAUUCAAAUAGGAGUUAAGAUUUAUGAUGGAAAAUAUUUUAUUUUAUUUGAAAUGGUUUUGUAACUGCUUUUUUUUUUUCAUUUUAACAAAACUACUCAGAAAUAUUUAAACAGUGCAGGGCAAAAUAUCCACAUCUACAGUGGAAUUCAGAGGAUACUAUAUCGAAUUUUAUAGGGGGGAAAUGUUCUUGUAAACUCACAGGGCCACAGGCAAAGGUGGGGGCUGCAGGUGGGGGCAUAUCCAGGCAGGUGAAAUGUCAGGGCCCAUUUCUCUUCCUCCAUCCAUACCGAAAGUCAAGGAAUGGCAUGUGGUAGUUCCUGACAAUACUGACAUUUUUAUGGGGGUUUUUAACACUACAUGUAAAGGGAAAUU